UAUAUUCGACUCGCGGAAUCGAUGCACAGCGUAUUCCUGUUACCGCAUAUUUCGCGUGGCAAUGCACCCGCGUGUGGAUGCCCCGUUAAUCAGCGAUAAACCAGCGACGUCGAUGACGCGGGUGUCUAACGCGCCCCUCCGCUCAGAACCUUCAGGCGACGGAGCUCACCCCGGGGUCCCGCGCUGAGCCGCUUCCUCUCCGGCCUCCUUCACUCGCGCUCCGAGAUGGCUGCUGACCCCACACCCAUGAAGUGGUGGGGGCUCGACCCGCUGCACCGCACGCACGUCAAGCUCUAUGUGGCUGACAUCCUUGGCAUGGCGCCGGCGGCCUCUACGCCAGGAGUGUAUUUCUACCGAAAUCACGCCAUCACCCACGUGGAUGUGAUGGGUACUGUCGUGGAGGUGCGAGAACGGGAGAGCUUCACGGCGUACGCGCUUGACGAUGGAACGGGCGUCAUCACCUGCCUGUGCUGGAAGGAGCCAGAGCGGUGCAGGAGAGGAGGAGGUGGCACCCUACCCCACUCGUGUGCAUCGCAGGUCGUGAUCCAGGAUCUCCUUGCGUCGGUCCUGCACAGGGAAGCGGAGAGCUCACGCGCGCAACUCGGAGACUGGCUGCACGUACUCGGCAGCAUCAACUGCCAGUGGGGAACCAGAGAGAUACAUGCCACGUACUACACAAGAGUGGAUGACCCAGGGUGCGUGCAGCUGAUAGAACGCCUGCGAGAGCAAGUGCGGCUGUAUACGCAAUACUACGAUAAGGAGUAUGCAUGGGCUGGGAACACCAGUCAGCUUAGAGGACAGAGCGACAUUCUACUGAGCACGCUGUGUGAUGGGAUUUUGAAGUUCCUGGAGGAUAAUGGUAUUCGAAGUGUUUAUUUCCAAGAGCUGCAGCGUGUGGAGAGUUUGGCAGCGCUCGCUGCAUUCACAGAGCGCGACACAGACCGAAGUCAGAUGUUGGCACAUACCUCCUCACAGCGUGAAAAGUGUGCCUCGCACCCUUCCUCAAAACAGGAAGGCUGUGUGGCCUGCAGUGCACAAGUUACCACGCUCGCUCAGUUCCGUGAUGCUCUGUGCCGACUCGAACAGAAUGGCUUCGUUUACAAACAUCCCACGAACAAUGAGUUGUACUUGGUGACAGAUUUGGACGUCAACUUGCGCGAUAACGUGCUGCUCGUGGUGCGUGGGAAAUGCACAGGGCCUGCUUCCAAGCAGAGUGCUGUGUCCCUGGGCGACAUAACGUACGCGGUGCGUAAUCUGUGUGGAGUCACCGUGCGGGAAAGCCAUGUGGAACGGGUCCUGGCAGUGCUAGAAGAUAAAAGCUUAGUAUUUUGCAAAGGCAAAGAUACGUACAUUGCAUUUUGAAAACUGUUGCUGUCCAGCAGGAAAUACUGUAAUAUUGUUAUGCUUGUUUACGUAGGAAAGCUUCAGGGGGCGAUGUUGCAAUAUGUAAUUCCAGUUGAUGUUUUGGACAAUGCCAGAUAAUACAUUUUAAUCUAUGGGAAGAAACCGGGGAACCUGGAGGGAAACCCAUACAGAACAGGAAAAUUCCAUAUGGAAAAGGCUCCCAUGUCAAGCAUCAAGCCCAGGACCUUUUUGCUGCAAGGUAUCAGUGUUUCGACUGCACCACCCAACUGCCUGAUCCUGCACACUUGCGUCAUUUCACCCUGCUUUGUGUAUAUUAGGAAGCCAUUGGAGCUAUGCACUAUUCGAACUGUAUUGAAAACUCAUUUCUUUUGAACUGCUUAUAUAUUUUAAUAAUUGCCUUAUGGUUUGUUAAUUUGAAUGCAUCGUUGAUAGUUUAUAGUACCAUCAAAGCUUUCGAUAGUAUUAUUCGUUCUUGUUUUAUACAUACGUCUUUAAACGCAUGGCUUCAUAAAAUAAUUUGGUAUGUAAGGUUGUGCUGGGUUGUAUUAUUUCUUAUGUGUUGCUCUUCUCUGAAUAAAUGCAUCUUCAUUUCUUCAACUUUGCGCCAAUCAUCACAGUAGAAAGUUUUAUGGAAGUCGUGCAUCAACUGUAAAUUGCUGAGGAUAUGGCAGAAGGAAGCGAUAACGCCUGUGGUGCACCAACGAUUCUAAUGACUUCUGAUUUAAGUCUGAGCCUCAAAGGGGGUUGCCUCUGAGUUGUGGGCACGAGGGCCAUCAAAUUGACGAUAUCCACUCACGUUAACUUCAGGCUCAUUAAACCAACAUGCUAACGAAUGCACAACAAUGAACAGUGUAUUGUUGAAUGUGAACGACGAUCCUCAAUCGCUGCAAUUCAUGCAAUCUCGGUAGGUUUAAUUUUACCAUCGGCCGUAAACAAUAAACAGAAACUGCUGGAUGAGCAAAGCAAGGUGAAUUAAUAAUUUUAUGUAUUUUGCAGUGAUGCACAAGCAACAUAAAUCAACAUUCGUCAAUAACACUGCCUUUGAGGAGAAAAUAUAUCGUUAACGUUUUGGGCAAUAGCCUUUUUUCAUAUCACAGGGAAAAAAAGUGGAUAAUAAUACACCAUGGGGUGUGAUGGAGAAUAUAUAUUUUAUGAUCAGUUUUUAGUUGGGCAUAUGACUGGUAAUCCAAUAGAUAUUUAGUAUCAACAAAAGGAUUUAACUCCCACAUUUGUGAAGUUGAAGCAUCCGAAAAGAAAUGCCAGAUACACGUAUUUGAAGCUACAAUAAAUUAAAUAAAACAUUUUAAAAAGCUUUGUCUCAGGUGUGAUUCUUACCC